CCUAGCUCAGAGAGCCUUGACGCACUGCGGUCAAGUCAACGCUUGCCCAAAGGAUUCUCAUUUCACAUUUGCAACACUCUUACAAAUGUAUCAAUUUCAGUCUUGUGUAUAAUUUGGUUGACUUACAAUACUGUACAUUAUGAACUGUGCUACUGAGAAAAAUCUGGACCAAGUGACUAUAUAAUGGAAUUCAGUUUCAUUCACAAUUGGAAGUAAAUUUCACUCAUAAAUGGUUUGAAAGUAAAUAACUGUGAGUGAAAUUGAAUUGAAUAAUAUUGUUGCUUUGUAAAGAUUUUUUUGUUCACAAUGUAGGCUACAGUAUUUUAAAGUCAAUCGAAUUACACACGUAAUUAUUUGUAAGGUAUAUGAGAAACUAUUUAUAAGGUAGGCCUAUUGAUAAAUUUCUGCUGAUUUAUAAAUUAAGGAGUCGUGUGGAAUUUCAUGUCAACAAGAGUCUUGAGCUGAUUAAGAAACGAGCUGAGAAAUAGGAAACUUUGUAUUUCAAAAUGUGUAAGACAUCAUAAAUAAUAACUAAGGAAAUUGCUCAAUUUAUGGCUAUGUGAUUAUUAAAAACGCAUUUUUAGUGAGAUUAUGAUGUUCUUUAUAAGUGUUGAAGGAAAAUAAAACGGGAGAUACGGUACACAGAACUUUUUGAUUACAUAGGAGACUGCAGUAUUUACAGAAGUGGGCUUUGAUAACAAAUUUCUGUAGGCCUAUGUUAUUGUGGAACUAAUGAUGCAAGUUUAUUUUGAAUCUGAGAUGAUCUGAUCUUCAAUUAUCAUUAUUAGCAAUACCUACUUAAUACAGAAAGUCAUGAUUACAACGUCCUGAUUAUUGUAUGAGGCAAAACAAAUACAAUAUACAGGAAGGAGAAGAUGCAAUCACCCAUGAAGAGGACCAAUCACUUUCCGAUUACUUGUCCAACGAUGUUGGACCGGUGUCAUCUAAUUUUAUUUUUUAUCUGCCAAAAAAGUAGGUUACUAGGUGAAUCAACUACCGUAGAUGAUGCAACGGGUGACUUUUGUAUCCAAAGACGUUCCUUUGUGUAGCUCACAUAACACUAUUACAACGUCAAGCAGUCUAUCUCAUGAUGAGACGCGUGCACAUUUAUUUAGUAGUGCCAAAUAACGCGGUACGAAUCUGUCAACACUAAAAUAGUUGACUACAUAACUGAUAGAAUAAUACAAUAAUAUGUCGUCAGUUGGCCAGUGUGGUUGUUAUUUCGCUAGGGUACUAUCACCUUGUCGCCGGUUGCACUGCCAGACUACCGGCUUCUGCUUAUGAAUCCUGAUUGACUUCAAACCUGUGAUCCAUCCCUGUGAUGGAUAAACGAGUUCAUCAUGACCAAAUGCCAAUGCGAGAGCAAUACUUCAGCACAGUCGGGUCCACCUGCUAAAACAAGUAAUCAGAAAGUUGCGAUAGCGGAGUGCGAGGGCAGAGAUGAAGAAUACGAGUACGUUCCGCCGGACGGGGGGUGGGGGUGGUUGGUGCUGGGAGGCACAGUGCUUAUCAAUCUCCUUAUACCCGGAACGAUAAAAUCUUUCGGCGUCCUGUUCAUAGAGUUCCUUGAGAUUUUCAAUGCUUCGGCUGUGGCUGCGUCAUGGAUACCUGCUCUUUGCUACUUCCUUUACUGCUCUUUAGGACCAUUGGCCAGCUACUUAUCUGGAAAAUUGGGCUACAGAACUGUUACCUUGAUUGGAGGAACAUGCGCUGGAUUGGGCAUGAUUCUCAGCUUUUUUGCCAACUCUAUCACCUAUUUAUAUGUUAGUUAUGGUAUUCUGGUGGGCACAGGAGCAGGUCUUUCGUUUCCACCGGGAAUUUUCAUUGUGACAUCCUACUUCGUGAAAUUGCGAGGACUAGCCAAUGGCAUUGCCAUAUCGGGGAGUGCACUCGGAUCUAUCAUUUUGCCUCCUUUUCUAAGAUUCUUGUUAGAAACUUAUGGGUACAGGGGUGCAGUGCUGAUAAUGGGGGGCCUUACAUUGAACGUGUGGGUCGGUGCCAUGUUGUACGAGCCAGUUCAGUAUCACCUCAAAAAAGUACGCAAACAACAACCUCAAUUGGACGCUGACGAUCAACUCAACAAGAAUCUGGAAUUGGAAGAUAACGCAUUCCCCGAUGUGGUAAUACUAGAUACCGUUGGGGUCGAUGAAGUUGAUGCCAAGAUCCUGGAUUCACCCGAGAGUCUUGUACUUGGCGACACUUUCAAAGAUGUCAAUCAACCUCUGUUGAAUGUUGAAAGUUGUAACCAACUCAACCGCAAAAUCAGUCCCACUUCAAACCUCGGGAAAUCUGUGUUCAGUAUUGGCAGCACAGGACAUCUCACUAGGAAAAUUGGAUCAUGUUCGACUAUCGGCGGUAGACCUGGUAUGAUAGUGGGGAGUACUGGCCAGAUAUCUAGAAAACCAAGCAUCAUUUCUCGUCAAAUGCCUCGGGUAGGAAGCGCUACUCAAAUGAGCCGAAAGAUCAGUGUUAUAUCCAACGUUUCAACCUCAUCUUUCAGAUAUGUGAGUACCGCGUUUCAUGGCAGUACUCUAGUAGGCCUAAAUCCUGAGUUUUCUUCACAACUCACCAUCAAAUCCGUUGCGAAACCGUUUGACUGUUGUGUUUGUUGCAGCGAUAAACGAUCGACGAAAACUGUUUCACAAACUACAAUCAACAAAACGGAUCCUAAUAGUUUGUCCAGUUUGUUGCGGGAUCCAGUCUUCCUCAUCAUUUUGGUAUCGAAUGCAUCCAACGCUAUCGGUUACACGAAUUUCACAAUCCUACUGCCAGCGUAUGCUGUUUCUAUGGGCUUUGACAAAUCGAAGGCGUCUCUAUUACUGUCAGUAGUUGCGGUGUUUGAUUUGAUAGGUCGAGUUGGAGGAUCGGCGUUGUCCGAUUGGCUCCCUAUUGACAAGAAAGUGUACUUCGUGGGGGGACUUCUAGUUUCUGGGCUGUCUCUGUCUGUGCUUCCAUUUGCCAACUCCUAUCAAGGAAUCUCGGUGUUCUGCGGUAUUUUUGGCUUAGCUUCUGGUACUUAUGUGGGCAUAACUGCUGUGAUAAUUGUCGAUUCGCUUGGGGAGGAUCGACUGGCAUCUUCUUAUGGUAUAUCGUUGUUUGUUAAUGGAGUACUACAAUUGAUAGGACCUCCACUGUGUGGAGCUGCAUAUGAAAAGAUGGGCUCCUACAAUUACAUAUUCAGCGCUUUGGGCUGUUCGCUUAUUAUUGGAGCCAGUGUAUGGGGAUUGCUGCCUUUUGUCAAGAAAGACACAAAGAAAUGAUAUAUUUUAGAAAAUUGAAUUUAAAGAAAAAUUGAAGCAAGUCUUGAACGACUUUGACUGCUCUUUUAUAUAUUCUACGAUGACAUUAAUUCACUGCACUGAUUAACUCUACUACACAUGAUAGACUACAAUAAACAUAAAUUCAUCAAUCAAAUACUAGAAUAUUCAAUCCUCAAUGUUAACCAACCAAUUUUGAAUAAAGAAAUUAUUCAUGAGUGUUGCUAUAAGAUUUAAUUAUUCAGCGUAUUCUUAGAAGACUGGGGGCCGUCCUUUUGAACGAUUAUUGAAAAAUUUCCAGUAAAACAAUUAUAACGUCUUUAAAACUUGUUUUAACGAUUUUGAUUGGUUUAUAUUUUUUGUUACUAGGCAGCCAAAGCGUCAUAAGCUAAGAAAGUUCUUUAAACCUGUUUAUUAACGUAUGUUUUGCAGUCUUCAAGCAUCAAUGUGUCAACUUAUUCAUCAAUGCAUCCAAUUACAGAUUAUUGAACUAAACUUAACUAGAUGGGUAAGGAACUGAGAAAAAUUAUAUUUGCCAUUUAAUAGUUAUCCUAAUUUUUCAACAUAAGAAUCAACCUGACCUCAAUCAAUUCAGAUAAAUUUCAGUUCUACAGUGAAUCUACUGUGAUUGAAUGUAUCGCAAUCAAAUAUGAAUGAACAGUGAAUUAAAAAUAAUUGAAUGAAUAUAAUUGUUAUCCUAGAUUUUUAUAUUAAAAACACCUACCCUCCAAUCAAUUUGUGAAUAUUCUUGAAAAUAAUCUGACACCACUCUUUAGAAUUUUAUUUCCAAUAAAGAAUGUCUUUAUAUGCUCUCUUCAAUCCAUAACUAGUAUAUCUUGUACAAAAAAAAA